AUGCGUUCGCUGCGCCAUCUUCCGGCCGGAUCGCGAUGUCCGGUUUACAUGCCGGAAACGGCGCUCAUUCCUCCGCGAACCGACGUCCGCGACGCUGAUCCAGUUGUGCCGCCGCCGCGUCCGCCCCUACCCGUAUCGCAGCACCAGGACGACGCCGCCGUCGUCGUUUAUCUUGACGCAGGAAGUAUGCUCCGACCGCCAGUUAAAAAGGCUGAUCCUACAAAAAUGGAUAGAAGGAGACCACCGGUUUAUAGGCCAAAGUCCAGAACAGAUUCAAGUACAGCCAGUGGCAGUCGGACAGAUGCAGGUCGUCUGCGCGGUGACGGCGGCGGCGGCAGCAGUGACGAAGACCUAACACGUCAACAGCAGGACCUGAGGCAACGUUUACAGGAUGAGGCCUCCUUGUACCGACGACGUUUGGAGACUUACAGACAGGCUCAGCAGAAUCAGGCGGCCCUGGUUAGUCGUUUACAAGCCAAGGUAUUACAGUACAAACAAAGAUGCACAGACCUCGAAGCUCAAAUGGCGGAGUAUUCCGAUCAGCCAUCGUCAUUAAAAUACCCCUCAUUACCUACCACUGCCACAGUGCCAUCAGUACCAUCCGUAUUAUCCAGUUCGGCUCUGGAACAAGCUCAGCAACAUUUACGGGAUAUCCGAGAGGAACGGAUUACGGACCUUGACACUGCCCUACAAAGACUGCACGAGGAACGCAAAAAAGAACAAUUAGAAGAAUCGCACAAUACUAACGAAACGCUCACUGCCGAUUUACAAAAACUGACCAACGAUUUUGAAUCGCUCAGAGAAGAAAUGCUUCUAAAAGAAGACGAAUGGAAGGAUGAAGAACAGGCUUUUAAUGACUACUACAGUACUGAACAUAAUAGAUUAUUAAAUCUAUGGAGAGACGUAGUUUCUGUUAAAAGACACUUUAUGGACGUCCAAUCUUGUACAGAAAGAGACUUACAAAAAUUAAGAGGUGAAGUCUCGAAUAUGGGCAGGGAAAUGCUCAUGGCAUGUUCCAGAAUGGAUACAAAUGUUUUUGCAGAAAAUAUCACUGGUGCCAAAGGUGUUCAAUUCUUAGAAGACAGCCAAACCUCACUAAAAGUCGAAUCUGACAUUGAAGCCCUCAAAAUGGAAAAAAUAAAAUUGGAAACCGACUUGCAAAUGAAAGAUGACCGAAUUCAACAACUUUUGUUAGACAUGCAAACUUUGGAAGACAGAUGCGUAGAAUCUGACCAAAAUGUUUCACAAGUAAUGAAAAUGCAAGAAGAAGUCGACAUACUGGAAGGUGCUCUUAGAGACAUUGCGCAAGCUCUUAUUCAAGACGCUGAUACUAAAGACUCCGAACUUUUACAAGCGACGCAUUUACAUCUUAGCGCCUCCACACCAAUACCACAAAAAUCACCGAGGAGAUCAGGCCGUAGUAUGGCCGCUCCAGCAGCUUUCGCUGAAAGUACUAUUUCAGCAGUACAAGCAGCGCUUCACAAAUAUCAAUCAUUUAUUCAUGAACUACAGGUAAAGCUCCAGUCUAAUAAGGAGCAACUAUUGUUAGUUCGUAAACAAUUCGAACACUCAGAGAGUAAUGUGGCUGCCUUAGAGAAACGCUCUAAGGAGCUGGUGGCACAGCUUGACACUUGUCGCACGCAAUGUUCACAGCUUGUCCAAGAGAGAGAUGGACUAGUCAAAACGAUGGACUCACUUAAAGGUGAUAAAAAUCAAUUGGAUCGGAAUCGAAUUGAUUUGAAUUCCAUGUUGGAUUCACUCAACCAAGACUAUGAAAAAUUAGCUAAGGCAAAUAAUAAACUACAAAAAGAAUUAGAUACUACUUAUCAAGAAAAAAUGUUCCUACAAGGAGAAGUUGAUAGGCUCAAUCAAGAAGCGGAUUUGAGAGAAAUUAGUUUGAGAGGAGAAGAAGAUAGAUGUAGCAGGAUAAGAGAAGAACUUCUCACAGUUAGAGAAGAGUUACACAAAAUGUGUUUGUCUAAUGAUAUGCUAGAACAACAAAAAUUAGAAUCAGAUGCAAUGAUAUCUAAUUUGGAAAAAAUCAAAUUGGAAUAUGAACUUCAGCUGGACAAAAUACUUGGAGAAAGUUCAAAUGUGCAAGAUUCGUUGGUCAAGAAAGAAGCUAUAGCUACGAAUUUGGAAAUUGACAAAAAGAAGUUGCAGGAUGAUAUAAAGAGACUAGGAGAUGAAAAAGUAGCUCUUCAAGCUCAAUGCAAUGACCACCAAAACGAUAUUCAAUCUUUGAGAAAAGAAUUGCUUCAAGCAGAACAGCAAAAAUUGGAUUUGGAAUCGGACAAAGUGUCUCUAUCAGAAAAGUGCAAGUUUUUGGAAAUCGAAAAAGGAAAAGUUGAAAUGGAACUUAACCAAGCUACAAGAGAUAGAAAUGACCUCAGUAAUCAACUUACUGUUAUGGGUAGAAAAAGAGACGGUCUAAACGAAGAAUUAAUGAGAUGCAGACAAAAACUUGAACAAGCCAAUGAGACCAACGCUAGAAUUAAUAGGAACUUAGAAGAAUUAGUAAAAGAAUGUGAAGAAAAACAGUGUACUAUUGAUGCAAUGGACAAAGAAAUCCAACGAAUGCAAGAACUAAUGGCAGCAGUGAGAUCAGAGAAAGAAGCUUUAGAAGCUGUAUUGUUUGAUACUCAAACAAACUUAGAAGCUUCAGAAGACAAAAAAAUGCAGCUUGAGAAAGACGUGCAAGAAUUACUUGUAAAACAAGAACAAUUCAAAUCACAGGUUGCAAAAUUAUCGAAAGACUUAGAAAGAUCCGAAAAGCGUUGCUCCGAAAUUAAAACCAGCAUGUCCCAUCAAGCUGGCAAUAAAGAACUUGAAUUUAAACAAACCGUAGACAAGCUGCGUCAACAAAAUGAAGAGAAUGUUAAAAAACUCACUGAAGAAAGGGAAAAGAUUCGCAUUUCGUUAGAGAAACGCUUGCAGCAAUCCAUUCAACAACUAAGCGGCGAGAAAAAUGCUGAAAUUCAACAGUUAGCUGAUAGAAUAGAGGCUUUACAGAAUCAUAUUGAUAAUUUGUCUCAUCAUGACCAAAAAGCGCUUCACGAUAAACUAGAAGCUACGCGUCGAGAGCUAGGAGAAGAACGCGAAACCCUUGAGCGCCUCAAGCGCGAAGCAAACGGACGUUUCGAUCAAGACCGUGUCAUCAUCAAUCAACUCAAAGAUGAACUGAACAAGUUUAAGGCACGAUUGGAAGAAGCCAAAACAAGGAACGAGGAGGAAAAAAUUGCACUGCAACAGAAGAUUGAAGAAAUCCGCAACGAAAGAGACAAUGCACAAAACGAAGUGGAAAACCUCAAAGUCCAAUUGCAUUUAUGUGAAGACAAAGGCGAAAGUAUUAGUAAUUUGCUACACGAAACCACUAGAAAACUUAAAGAAGUCGAAAACAAUUCAGAGUGCCUGAGAAAAGAAUUGACUGAUGUUCGAAGAUUAUUGGCGGACAGCAACUUUGAAAAAGAAAAAUACCACAAUACCAAUAAGGAACUGAGAGAUCAUGUCAAAAGAACUGAAAGUGAGAAGAGAGAACAAGCGCGGCAAUUGGAGGAUAGUUACCAGAAAAUUUCAAGUCUAGAGGAGGUCAAAGUCUCUCUAGAACAGGAACGUUCUCGUAUCCAAAACCAAAUGCGCGAGCUGGAAAAGGAACAAUUACAAACCGAACACAAAGUUCAAAGCGUCCAGGAAGAACUUCAAAGAGCCCAGACUGCCGGUACUCAACAGCAACAAGAAGAAAAAGAACUUCAAGCAAGGUUACUUAACGAGGCUGAAGAACGAGAACGAUCUCACCAAGAGGCGCAUCAGCUAAGGAAGCAGAUGUCCGAAUUGGAAAGGAAUCUGGAACAAACUAGACAAGAAUUGAAUAGAACCCGUUGCCAUACUGGGCAAUUGGAAGAACAAUGGCAUGCUAGGGAGCAAGAUCUUUUAAUUCACUUGGAAGAUAGCAGAGCUAAAGAAAAACGUUUGGAAGACCAGAAACAUAAUUUGGAAGUUUGCUUAGUAGAUGCUACACAGCAAAUACAAGAACUGAAAGCUAAACUAGGAGGUGCAGAGGGAAGAGUCAGGGCGUUAGAAUCACAUUUAGCUCAACUGGAAUCUUCUAAGCGUGACAUUGAACAAAAACUAUUCAGUGUUGUAUCAACUUUAAGAAGAAUUGCUGGUAUUCAGUUAGAUGGAUCAGUUUCAAUGCCCUAUAGGCUAUUGAGUCCUUCAAGACGAUGGAGUCCUGCACGAGGUCAUGAUGAAAAAGAUGGCGCUAUUGAUGUAGACCCUGAGGCAGUUAGAAAAGGAGUUAGAAAUUUGAUGCAACAAGUGGCACAAAUUGAAAGAGAAAGAGACGAUUAUAAAACCCAAGUAAUUACAGCUAAAAAACAAUUACAAGAAUCCCACGAUACUCAAAGUAAAGGUGACCAUAAACUAACCAAAGUACUUCAAAGUCUGAGAGCUUUACAAGAAGAAAAGGGCAGCUUGGAAGCUAAAUUAGGACAGAAAAAUACAGAAUUGAAAUCUCAUAACGAGGCUUUGAUGAAAAAGACUGAGGAAGCGAAACUGAUGAGAGAGAAGGUUGUUUCCUUGGAACUAAAUUUAAGCGGGGAGAGUGACCAAAAACAUCAAUACGAGGAAAAAAUUGAAAAACUCAAAAUAGCACUAAAUCGAUCUGAAGUUGAAAAACGAAGUCUACAAGAAGAAUUGGCACGUACUGAAAACAGAUCUACUAAAUUGGAGCUACAAAGAAUGUCUGCAGAAGGCGACUUGCAAAGACUGCAAAUGAUGUUGCAAGAAAAAGAGGCUACAAUCCAGAAACUCCAAGAAAAAUGUGAUCAACAAAGCAGGUCAGUAGCCAGCUUGGAAGAACGUUGUGUAUCACUUAAAACCACAAUUGACCAAAUGAAUUGUUCACUAGAAAAAGCGUCAAACAAUGAAAGUGAACUUAAAUCAGAAGUACAAAGGCUUCAAAGGAAUUUGAUGGAGACGAUGUCUUCGCAACAGACAGAGUCAGAGAGGCUUAAACAAAUGCAAAAAGGAUUGGCUAAUUGUGAAAACGACCGAAGAGUUAUGAACGAAAGACUGGAGACCACACAAAAUAAUUUGGCGGAAAUGCGCCGUAACAAUCAGAUCUUGCAGGAUCAAGUUACAAGACUGAAUAAUGAAUUAGCGAAUAAUGAAGUACAAAAAUCUGCUUUAGAAUCUCAACUUAGGUUAGCUCAAUGGCCAGCUGAUAAUCAACUUGGACACCAUCAAGAGGAAGAAUUGAAAAUGCAACUUCAUUCUGUCUCAAAGGAACGUAAUGAGUUAAGAGCAAAAUUGGAUUCAGUAAAUAAUAAGAUGAGACAGCUGGAGGUUGAAAAUCGAAACUUGGAACGUUUAGCAUCAAAAUCAUCCGGCCGAAGCAAAUCUUAUGACAAACCGGAAAAAACUUUCGAAAAAUUGGAAAAAUCAUAUGAACGCAUGGAUAAAUACGAAUCAGACGCUUCGAUGAGCGAACUUGAAAAAUAUGAACAAGAAAAUAGAGAUCUUCGUAUCAGAGUUGCCAGAUUGGAAACUGAUCUUGCCGAAAAAGAAGCUGAGCUUGCCAGACUUAGAUCUCAAAGACCAAGUUUAGAUGCCAAAUUCGAUAGAGCGGAAAUUGAGCGGUAUAGAGCUGCACAGUUGCAAGCUGAAAGGCUUUUAGAGGCUAGAGAACAGAGUCAUAGGCAGCAAGUGUCUCGAAUGGAGAGUCAGGUUAAACUGUUACGCGAACAACUUAAUGAGGAAAUCAAAAGAAGGCAGCAGUACGUGUUGAGGAGUACUAAAGCGGGCAGAGAAAUGCAACAACUGAGACAGGCUUUGGGAGAUUCUUUGCGUACAGUUUCACAGGAUCCUUCUUUGGAUGCUCUGCUUUUGGAACAUGAAGCUAGAAAAUUGGAUAAUAUGUCGACUACUGCCAGUUUGCCUCCAGCCUUAGGUUUGCCAUCUUCAUCGUCUUACAGACGUUCGAUGACACCACAACCCAAAUAGUUUAUUAGUUAAUGAAAAGUAUUGUCGUUGAUAAUUCAGGCUGCACAUUGCCGGAUGUUAGUUAAAUUUAUUCCCUAAUAAUUAAGUGAGCAGUUAUCAAGCAUUGUGUGUUUAUAGUGAAAAAACAAAACAUGUAGGAUUAGCACCAGAGAAAUAAUUUUUUUGUAGUUUUCUUUAUGUGUUUUUGCAAAUGGUAAUUUUCGACCAAAGAAUGUUUGUUGUAGAUUAAUACAGAUAUUAGGGAUAUUUGGUACAAAAUUUUAGCGAAAAUACUAUGCAGCCAAUAAGUAGGUAUUCAGAAUAACACUACUUUACCAAAAUGUUUUUUUUUUAUAUAAAAUAUAUUAAUUUUAUAUUAUUAAAAAUAAUUUUAACUCAUAGGUACAAUUAGGACACUUGAAUAUAUCUUGCCAUCUGUGGUAUUGUUAUUUUGUAGGUUGUAUGUAAUCAAUUAUUAAUAACAGAGAGCAAGCAAUAGGUGUACUUACUCAAAUGCAAUUUCCGUCCAAGUCCCAAUGUUGUGAAUCAUGCUUUAAUAUAUUUCUUGUAUUACGACACUGUAA